AUUGUGUAUAUAUAAAGUAAGGAAGACUAAGAGGGUUGUGGUGCGUCCAUAUCGGUCACUGUUGAGGCUGAGGUAGCGAAGGCGAAGCAUAGCGGGUGUCGCUACUUGUCAGUUGAGGUGAUCGAUCAUGUGGAAGCUGAAGGUAGCAGAUGGUGGGAAUGACCCAUACAUCUACAGCAUGAACAACUUCGUGGGAAGGCAAAUAUGGGAAUUUGACCCAACUGCUGGCACGCCUGAGGAACGUGCCGAGGUCGAACGCCUCCGCAAUGAUUUCACCAAAAACCGCCUAAGGGGUUUUCCCAGCGCCGACCUCCUAUGGCGAACCCAGCUUCUAAGAGAGAAAAAUUUCAAACAAAGUAUCCCACCAGUGAAGGUUGAAGAUGGAGAAGAACUGAGUUACGAAAUAGCUUCAGAUGCAAUGAGGAGAGGGGCAUAUUUCCUAGCAGCCAUACAGGCGAGUGAUGGACAUUGGCCCAGCGAAACAUCCGGCCCUUUAUUUUACCUGUGCCCUUUGAUAAUUUGCAUGUACAUCAUGGGUUUUAUGGACACAGUAUUCAGCUCAGAGCACAAGAAAGAAAUCAUGCGUUACAUAUACAACCAUCAGAAUGAAGACGGGGGAUGGGGGUUGCACGUAGGUGGUCACAGCAACAUGUUUUGCACUACCUUCAAUUACAUUUCCUUACGCUUACUUGGCGAGGGAGCUGAUGUUGAGGCUGUUUGUAGAGGCAGAAACUGGAUCCGUGACCACGGCGGUGUCACCUCCAUACUUUCAUGGGGCAAGACUUGGCUCUCGAUAUUAAACGUGUUCGAGUGGUCUGCCAGCAACCCUAUGCCCCCUGAAUAUUGGAUGUUUCCCACUUGGGUUCCCAUUCACCCCUCAAACAUGAUGUGCUACACGCGAAUCACCUACAUGCCCAUGUCUUACUUGUAUGGCAAAAGGUUUCAAGCACCUCUAACGCCUCUUAUUUUGCAAUUAAGAGACGAACUUCACACCCAGCGCUACCACCAAAUUAACUGGAGGAAAGUUCGUCAUAUGUGCGCUACGGAAGACCUGUACUUUCCACACCCCUUUGUCCAAGACCUGAUGUGGGACACUCUCUACUUACUGAGUGAACCACUGAUGACCCGUUGGCCUUUUAACAAAUUGAUCCGCCAAAAAGCCCUCAACGAAACUAUGAGACAUAUUCACUACGAGGAUGAAAACAGUCGCUAUAUUACCAUUGGCUGUGUCGAAAAGCCCUUGUGCAUGCUUGCUUGCUGGGUGGAAGAUCCCAAUAGUGAGUAUGUGAAGAAACAUCUUGCUCGAAUUCCUGAUUAUUUAUGGAUGGCCGAAGAUGGCAUGAAAAUGCAAAGUUUUGGUAGCCAGUCAUGGGAUGCUGCUCUCGCCAUGCAAGCUCUACUUUCUUGUAACAUCACCCAUGAAAUUGGGCCUACCCUCAAUAAUGGCCAUCAAUUCAUCAACAACUCUCAGGUUAGAAACAAUCCUCCUGGUGACUACAGAAGUAUGUUCCGCUACAUGUCUAAAGGAUCCUGGACCUUCUCAGACUGUGACCAUGGAUGGCAAGUUUCUGAUUGCACUGCCGAGAACUUGAAGUGUUGCCUACUUUUGUCGUCACUGCCGCCUGAAAUAGUAGGCGAGAAGAUGGAACCCGAACGUUUCUACGAUGCUGUUAAUGUGAUACUGAACAUGCAGAGCAAAAAUGGGGGCCUACCAGCUUGGGAACCAGCCUCUACUUACUAUUGGAUGGAGUGGCUGAAUCCAGUGGAAUUUCUUGAAGACCUAAUAAUUGAGCACCAGCAUGUGGAGUGCACCUCAUCUGCGUUGCAGGCCAUACUCUUGUUCAGGAAACAAUACCCCGGCCACAGGAGGAAAGAGAUAAAUAAUUUCAUCAACAAGGCCGUUCAGUUUCUUCAGGACAUACAAUUGCCUGAUGGUUCUUGGUAUGGAAAUUGGGGAAUAUGCUACACUUAUGGAACAUGGUUUGCACUCAAGGCAUUGUCAAUGGCGGGGAAGACUUACCAGAAUUGCGAGGCACUUCGUAAAGGUGCCAAUUUUCUACUCAAAAUACAGAAUCCAGAAGGAGGGUUUGGAGAGAGCUACUUGUCAUGUCCUUAUAAGAGAUAUAUACCGCUAGACGGGAAACGAUCAAAUCUGGUGCAGACGGCAUGGGGUAUGAUGGGUUUGAUAUGUGCUGGGCAGGCGGAUGUUGACCCCACUCCUAUCCAUCGUGCUGCCAAGUUGCUGAUCAAUUCUCAAACUGAAGAUGGUGAUUUUCCACAAGAGGAAAUUACUGGCGAAUUCUUCAAAAAUUGCACCUUACACUUUGCAGCAUUUAGGGAAGUUUUUCCUGUGAUGGCCCUAGGAGAAUACCGUAACAAGGUUCCCUUGCCUUCCAAGAAAAAAACAAUAAAUUCAGCUUUAAAUUAACCCUACAAAUGGAGAGUAUGUAAACUUUUACUAUUCAAUCGUGUUUAAACGGUCUCAUGAUAACCUAAAAAAGUUGCGAUGCUAAUUGUACUUGAGCACAACUUUUGGUAAUUUAGUGAUGCCGCAUUAUGUUUCUGAUCUUACAACUUGGAUGAAUAUGAUACCACAGAAUUUAUGCCAAAA